UGUAGCGAGUGGAACACUUGGUAUACUGUCAAGCUAUAACGCUGAAUCUUUUAUUAAAUAAAUAAGUGAGGAUCCAGAGGUAUCGAGGUGUGACAGCAGCCCCAUGCAGGACAAGUCAUCGCAAUAUUUAUUGGAGCCUGCUAAUGAUAGACAGGAUGCUGAGUGAAGUUGGUCAUCUUCUUGGAAGUUUACGUCGUAGGUAAUACGGCAUUCUCUGGUGGGUCAACAGAAAUUAUACUGGCCAAUUAAUUCUUCAAGAGCGUUGAUGGUUUGUUGCUGUAUAAACUCUAGGACUUGAUCAUCGAUACCGAUUGCCACCGAUAUUGCUGGGGUCAAGAGACAAGAGACGCACAAUAAUGCGACGUCGUGCCGCAUUCACUUUUUAAUAAGUGCCAAGUGGGACGGUCCCGAGACCUGCUGGGAUAUGACGUAAUGGCAAGAGAGGAGUUACGGAACAAGAGACCUUUCAAGAUAUGGGACAGCUGGCGCAACGUACGGAAGGGUCUAGUCGUAAGCAAUUUUGAGGAGCUUCUACACCGAGGUAAAGAAAAGUUGGGCGUGCCACCGAACGAAAAUGUGUCCCUGGUGCUAGAGUCUGACGGAACACAGGUCGAGGACGGGGAAUACUUCAAGACCCUAGCGAACAACACAAUCCUGCUGUUACUGCGGCAUGGCGAGCGCUGGUGUCCAACAGGCGUCGACAUCAUCCGCGCAGCAAUAUCAGCAAUACCAAAAAUAGUUUGUGAGACUAUCCAUGCCCUGGAGUUGCACGAUGAAACGCCCUCGUGGAAAAUCAUGGACAACAAGGGACGUGUCACGGUGGUGCUACAUUGGGACCAGCGCUCGUCAACAUCCUCGUCUUCCGGAGCUGGACAAUCACAACAGCCCCCGGUUCAGCAACCAAAAUCAUCAGAUCCAACGAGUUCUAAAUACUCACCAACUAAGAAGGCUGAUUUAAGUGGACCCGGUCAACGUCCAUCCCUCGUGAUACAGACGAGUUUGGACAAACUUGGUUACGACAAAACGGGACAUGUGGCAGAGCUAUUGCCGCCUCGCUACAGUAGCCCCCAAAUCACUGUGAUAAAUCAUGACGAUAUGGUGCAAAAAAGUUUUACUAGUCCGAGUAAUAGUACGUACGUUGGUGUCACUACUGGGACUGGUGGUGCUCCUGGUUCUGGGCCUGGUCCAGGUGGCGUAGGUGCUAACUCACACUCAGGUAUGACUGGUCGUCUUGUUAAGCAGGGUACCAAUUCAUUUGAAAGCAGUUCAACCAUUCAUAUCCAUACGCCCGAGUGCUCAAAUCGUAUCCACCAGCCAGUGACACGUAACGGCAGUCCCGUAAACGGUACCGACGGUAACAAUACCAGCGAGUGUGACUUUCACUGCUGUGCAUUGCACGAGGAGGGUCGACGUAUUGCUGUACACAAAUCAGUUGCUACCUCACCUAUUCAGGACCAACAUUCGGUCCAGCGCGAUCAGCACCAGCAGCAGACUCAGACUCAAACGCCUUCUCCGCAGCCGCCUUCCUCUCUCUCGGACGGAACUCGACGCCCGGGGAUGGUGAAAGGCCACGUCAGGUUUCGUGACACCGCGGAGGAAGAGUCAUCGUCUCCUCGAAACUCGGGCUUUCACAUGCAUCAUCAUCAUCUCAAUAACCAUCAUCAGGAACACGACAGCUCCGAGUCCGAGACCGAGAACACGAUAAUGGAGGACGAGAUCGUCACUUCCGAAAAGUUUUUGCUGCUGAUCGACCAGCUCACUGUCGACCAAAAGCACCAUCUGAGCAUCAAAGACAUCGGGAUUAUUUUGGAGAGACUGAGUUCGAAAAUUCUCGAUGUCGAGAGACUCGACCGGGAAAGCGAAAGUGAAGAAUGCUACAAUUGGACCAUUAAAGCUAUUAUACGUGGUGACGUCCUGAGGGAACUUGGGGUUAUUUAUAAUGGUAAUUAUUAUGCAAUCAGCGAACAUCCUGGUUACAAAGAAGAGUCUGAGGAAAAUAAUGAAGACAAUGAAGAAGAAGAAGAAGAUCGUCUUUAAUAAUCCUGUUUUUUUAGGUACAAUAUAUAUUAUUUUUAUCUU